UUCAGUCAGUAGUUUGAGUAAACAUCUGUCGAUGGUGCGGUUACCCUGCGUAUGGUUUGGCAAUGAGCGAUAGCUACAGACCUGAGACAAUCUCCCCUGAUCCAGAGCAGGCUGCUCUGUGUUUGCAUUACAAAUAAAACAGCAACUUAUAGUAAUUAUAUAAAAACCCGCAGAAAAGUCUACCCUUUUGAUGAAAUCGUCCAAGGAGGUUCAAGACCGCAGCGUGUCCAGUCACCUGUUCGCUGAACAGGAGAGUCUUGAAGCGACCGAAAUGCCGACAGCAGAAAAUGUCAACCACAACUACUUUGUGGCGCGUUCGGUUUACUCCGAGAAUAGUUUCCUGGAGGAGACAGAAAAAAAGGAAAAGGUUCCCAAGACUAUACGCGACCGACUGGCCAAGAGGUGCAGUUGCUCAGCUAAGAGGGUUCUAGGCAUAAUUAAAGGCUUUCUGCCCAUACUGAAUUGGUUGCCUAAGUACAGAUUGAAGGAAUGGUUGCCUGGUGAUCUAAUUUCUGGAGUGAGCACUGGUUUGGUGGCAACAUUACAAGGUCUGGCAUUUGCUCUGUUGGCCGAAGUCCCGGUGGGUUAUGGUCUCUACUCAGCAUUUUUCCCCAUUCUGCCAUAUUUUUUCUUGGGAACUUCAAAACAUUUAGCUGUUGGACCUUUUCCAAUUACCAGUUUGAUGAUAGGGUCUUUGAUUCUAUCAAUGACCCCUGAUAAAAAUUUCCUGAUUUCAAGUAACAUGACAGAUGCCAAUGCUACAGUUGUGGACACGGUUGCCAGAGAUGACCAGAGAGUUAUAAUUGCAUCUUCAGUCACUGUUCUUGCUGGCAUUAUUCAGCUUGUGCUUGGAAUUCUGCAAGUUGGUUUCAUUGUUCGAUACCUGUCUGUUCCAUUGGUGGGAGGAUUUACGACAGCUGCUGCAUUUCACGUUUUUGUAUCUCAACUGAAAAUAUGUUUAAGCGUCCCAACAGACAGUUACAUUGGCGUUCUUUCUGUCAUAUAUACGCUUAUUGACAUAUUCCGGAAUAUUCGACAAACCAAUAUUGCAGAUUUCAUUGCUGGCUUGAUUACCUUUGUCGUGGUUGUAAUUGUAAAAGAAAUCAACACUCGUUACAAAGAGAAGAUUAAAGUGCCUAUUCCUAUUGAAGUGAUUGUGACUAUUAUAGCUACAGGCAUCUCCUAUGGUGCUAACUUGAAACAGAAGUACAAUGCUGGAAUUAUUAACAACAUUCCAACAGGAUUUUUACCGCCAGUGACCCCAGAUGUGAGCAUCUUUGGUGAAGUGGGUGCAUCAGCUUUUUCCAUUGCUAUAGUAGGAUAUGCUGUGGCUGUUUCAGUUGCUAAAGUAUUUGGCACCAAACAUGACUAUCCCAUUGAUGGGAACCAGGAAUUCAUUGCUCUCGGAAUUUCGAAUAUUUUUGGUGGCUGUUUCUCAAGCUUUUUGGCAGGAACUGCUCUGUCCCGUACAGCAGUACAGGAAAGCACUGGCGGCAAAACUCAGAUUGCUGGACUUUUGACGGCAGUAAUUGUGAUGAUUGCCAUCCUGAUUGUUGGAAAACUACUUGAACCUCUGCAGAAGGCUGUUUUGGGAGCAAUUGUCAUUGCCAAUCUGAAAGGAAUGUUCUGGCAAACCUUUGAUGUUCCAGUGUUGUGGAGACAAAACAAAGUUGAUUGUCUGAUCUGGGUUGUGACAUGGAUUGCAUCCAUCCUUCUCGGACUAGAUUUGGGGCUUUUAGUUGGUGUGUGCUUUGAGCUUCUAACUGUUGUACUUCGAACUCAGUUCCCUGUUAGUACUGCUUUGGGAAAUGUACCAAGCACUGACAUUUACAAGAACUUAAAGAAAUAUAAAAAUCUAGUUGAACCACCAGGAGUGAAGAUCUUCAAAUUUUCAUCUCCUUUAUAUUUUGGAAGUGUUGAUUUUUUUAAGGAGAAAGUGAUUGGUGCUGUUGGAUUUAAUCCAGUUCGAGUGUUUAAUAAACGCACCAAAGCAUUGAAGAAGAUUCAGAAACUUAUAAAGAAGGGUCAGUUAAAAACGACAAAGGAUGGUGUUGUAACUGAUGGAAGUGUUUCUAAUGAAGCAUUUGAAGAUGAUGAGGAAUAUCAAGAAGAAUUACAACAGGAUGUCCCUUCAAAAGAAGUGGAAAUUAAAGUUGAUUGGAAUUCAGAUCUCCCUGUCAAAAUCCUGGUUCCCAAAGUUACCAUUCACAGCCUUAUUUUUGAUUUUAGUGCAGUAUCAUUUAUUGAUCUUGUGGGAGUCAGAAUCAUGAAAAUGGUUGUCAAACAGUUUGAACGAAUUGGUGUCAAAGUGUACAUAACGGCCUAUGACGACCACGUUGUGAAGAAAAUGGAGAGUUGUGGAUUUUUUGAUGACCAUGUUAAAAAGGACAUCCUGUACCUCACAGUUCAUGAUGCUGUUGUUUACAUACAUACUCAGACUAUGUAUAAAGACAUAGAAGAUCCUAUUUUUGAGAAGAUAUCACUUAUGCAAGAAUCCAAAGAACCAAUUCCAUUGUCAGAUCAGGAAGAUGAUGUGGAAGAAUUGGAAGAUCAAAAUCAGGGUCACCGUGGAUUCAGCUAUUAAAGAAUAUAUAUCCAGAUGUCCCGAAACAGUGCAGAUUUCCUGGCCAUCCAUACAUGAUUAUUUAAUACAGAUUCAGUGCUGUCUUUCAUACUAUUAUGCAAUUAGAACAUGAGUGAUUUUUAGUAAAAUCUAUAUUGUUCUCAGAAUUUAUUUUUAUGUACAUGUAUGGAAAAAAUGACUUAUUCCUGUAAUGGUGACGAUAAUUUUUAUAUUUGUCUGGGUAUUAGCUAUUCAUGGUUUCUCGAUAUACUGGACAUCAUUUUGUAUAGGUACUAAAGGUAUGAUAUUAUUAACAAACAAGAAAUGAUGCUGCACUGUAGGGUAGCCUAAAGAAAGCUGCUGUCAUUGUCGUACAGGUCAAAUUGGUGUGUAACAUGCAGCAACAAAUUCAGUUUCCUUCUGAUUGCAUGAUUCAUUCAUUUUCGAAAGCGUUUUCAACAUAAUACUGCAAAAAUAGAUUUUCUGUGGUAGCCAAACACUUCCGUGUUUCCUACAGUAUCGUGGGCACCUGCUAUCAUUACCUGGAGUAGCAGAUCCUUUUAGGCUACACGUACCAAAGUCAACCCCUCCGGGAGCACUGAAUCAACAAGAACCAUAUUACCCUUAAAUGUGAUAGUUAACCAGUGAAUUCUCACUAGGCAUAGAAUGCUACCGUCUAAAAGCUUUAUCAUCUCUGUGUUACCAGCUUAUGUUAUAUACACUAAGAAUGUUCUAAGCCUUACAGAAAUGGAUUUGGCUCACUGGCGUGAUUCUGGCUCACUGGCGUGAUUCUGCCUCUAAUGUCAAUUGAAAGGUCUGAUUGGCACUAACUGCAGUGGCUAAACACCUGGAGCCAGUUAAAUACCACUGGGCAGCAAAUUGGUGAAGCUGGCAGGAUUUUCCCGACAGCAGUCAAGCCCCCGGUAGAGGUCAAAGAACUGGCUGGUGAAUAGAAGUGGCCUCCUGACGAGGGGAGGGCUCAGUGUGGCCUCCUUUUAUUUUCCCCUCUCCAACUCGCUAUUGAGCCAGGUUCAAGAAGACAGUGCCUGACCUGUGGAAAGGCCACCUUUGACAAUGAUGGCCUGAAAAACGUGGCCACACUUUUAUUGUUUUGCACUUUUUUUUCAAUUAUUCAGUUUCCUACCUGCAUUGGUAGCACUCACUUAUCUCAGUGGGCCUGCAAGCCAGAAAUCACUGCAGGUCUUCUGAUUUCACUUUGUUUCUUUAGUCAUCCUGCUCUCCAUAAUUAGAUGGAGCUUCUUAACUGACCAUUUGCUGGAAGGUUGCAACUGUUGUCCCAUCACAAUUUCCAGGUUCCUGACUUACGGGAGAUCCGGCAAUCUCUCUAAAAUCCAAGCACAGGAUUUUGAUUUUAUACAAAGAAUUCCAAAGCCAAAUGCUUUUCUGUGCAGAAUGUUCAGUGAAUUGUUCACAAUUCAGACUUUUUUAAAAAUAGCUAUCUGAACUGAAUUCAAAGCACAGCAUAGAACAUUGCUGGGUAUGAUGAAAAUGAAUUAUUGUAUUGUAAAAACUUUAUAUUUGAUAGCUUCUGAUUGUUAGCUUCUGAUAAUAUGCUUCAUUAUCCAAUAAUUUGAUUGUUAGUGGUAUUUUUAGUUACCUUUCAGUCUUAAAUAGUAUUUUAAUCAUACAGCAGGGAAAAAUGCAAUAAAUGUCGAGGAAAUAUUUUGGUAACAAUUGUUAAUUUGGGAGUUUUUUGUUAUCAGAUUUUUGUUUGCAAUAGUUAUGGUAAGGUUUAAAGCAUUAAUGAUGUGACUAGUUAAAUGGGAUCUGUUUGGUUUGGUUUUUAUAUCUAGUUUACCCAUAAAAUAGAAUGCCAUGGGUCUGAUUUUUUUAGAAGCAUCGAGAUCCAACUGAACAAUGUAUUCUUAACUGAAUUCUGAUUGUUGUUUUAUAGUCUAAUUCUGGAGCCUAAGCCACCUAAUUGGGUGCUAUUUUUCCAAGAAGGCUUUGUAAAAGCAAAAAACAAAUUGGCUAUAAAUAAAAACUAUUGCAAGACAGCUAACAAGAACUAUAUCUCUUUCAUGUAAUUUUGAACUUCAUAGCAAUAUAAUCCACCUAAGCAUGAUAACCAAUAUGCAUUUGUAAUAAGUUAUGUCUAGUUUUAUAUUUGAUUUAUUGCUCAUGAGCUCCUUAGCUCAUAACAUUGAAAAGAUAAGAAUAUGCCUUUUCAGUCACAAUUUGAAAGGAUUCAGUCAAUCUGUGAUGUUAUCAAUAGGUAUGUUGAUGCAUGUAAAACAGUUUUAAACCUGUGUGACCUAUUGUUAAGAUGUAUUUUACAACAUUGUAUACAAUUCUGAGUGCACCAACUUCCAAAUGACAUUGGAGAGACUUCAAAGCACAUAAUUCAGUCUUAUUCUAGGGCUUAAAGUCAUAAAGUCUCUAAUGAAAAUUUUGAGCUGAAUUUAUUUUCAUUCGAGAUAAGAAAAUCGCAAGCAUAAAUAACUUGAAGUCUUGAAAUGAUGGAUAGAGAAUGUGACUAGAAACAGGAAUUCUGAAAAAAUGAAGGUAGAAGUAAAACAAAGUUAAGUCUUGAAUAAAACUAGAGAUUAGAGUUUUCUUUGAAUACUAAACAGACUGACUAAACUCCAGUAAAAGCAGUUUGUGCUCUGUUUUAUUAAGUACACCGGAAAACAAUAGUUCGCAUGCUGAUAGAAGCAUGUGGGUCACCUUUGGAGAAGUUAAGUAUGUGUUUUAAAAUAUGGAUUAAUAUUUCACAGAUAUGUUUGUAUCCCAUUUGUGCUUGAGACAAUUAAGAGUGUUAAUCACUUGGAGGUUUCUCUGGUGAACUAUUAGUUGGGUAAAUCCCACAUUGAUGUAUGUUGUACACAGCGAGAUUGACAGCUGAAAAUCAUUUUACGACUUCAUUUUCUGUGUUAAAAAUUUGGGGAAGUGGUGUCAGAUUUUUCACUUUUUAAUGCAAUUAAAAUAAAAGGACAAGCUGGUUAAGUUCAUUCCUUCCAGAGGCUUCAAGUUUGGUUCUACUCUGAUUUUGUAUUGAAUUUACUGUCAUGGAUUAUUUUUUAAAUGUUCUAAUUAAAGAAUAUUGACUUUU